AUGGAGUGCCUGGUUCAUAUCCAGGCCCAGAGGCCAAUACCCCUGGAUCCAAGAGAACACGUCUGCGAGGAAGUUCGAGAGAAGCCGGCGGCGGGGCCGGAAGCAUGGCACCCUCGGGCCCGCGCCCGGGCCUCUCCCCUCGCCCGUCCACCUUCCGGCUGGCCAGCCCGCGCCGCCACGACCGACGGCCCCGAGUACGCGUCCUUCUUCGCCGUCAUGGGCAGCGCCCUGGGUGCGGCCUACGGCACGGCGAAGAGCGGCACCAGCAGCGCGGCCGUGGCCGUGGUGCGCCCCAGGCAGAUCACGAAGGCCGUCAUCCCCGUGGUCAUGGCGGGCAUCAUCGCGAUCUACGGGCUGGCGGUGGCCGUGCUCCUCAUCAGCUCGCAGUCGCACAGGAUCAGCCUGUUCAAGAGCUUCCUGCAGCUCGGGGCCGGCCUGAGCGUGGGCCUGGGCGGCCUGGCCGCGGGCUUCGCCGUCGGCGUCGUGGGCGAGGCAGGGGUCUGGGACACGGCGCAGCAGCCGCGGUUCUUCCUGGGCAUGAUCCUCGUCCUCAUCUUCGCCGAGGUGCUGGGCCUCUACGGCCUCAUCGUGGCCCUCAUUCUCUGCACCCAGUAG